AUGUUGUCUUCAUUGGUGUCCUUCCUACUUCACUCACACCACAUCAUCACCUCUAAUGAGAAAUCAGUGUUUGAAACUUAUUACAUGUUCCAAGACUACAACAAAGUCAAUGACAAAGUGCCACCAAAAGAUUUAGAGAAUUAUCUCGAAUUAUUGUUCCAAAUUAAACAGAUCUCUCAAACAGUUAUUUGGUUCAAACCCAACUCUUUAAACGAGCUUUAUGAUGAGCUCCUGGUCACCAAUACCGAUAUUCAGGAAGACAAAACUAGGUUAGUGAGAAUGAAGCUUGAUAAUUACAAGUUUGAUAUUAUUAAUGUCUUGGAAUUGAAUAUUCUCGACCAAAUAUUGCACCCAUCUUCAAAUAUCAAUAAAAUCGAUAUGUCCCUUAAUGAUUGUCCAACCACAAAAACUUCAUUAAAUGACUUUGAUAGUAUUAUGGAAUUCCUAGAAAAGCCAGUUUCCAAAAAAUUCCGCAUUCUCAAUUCCACGCCCUCCCCUGCUCCAGCCACGAUGAAUGAAAUUCUAUCACUUGAUUACGAAAUUAUUACUACCAACCUCUUAGAAUUUGAAACUGCUGGUAAUCAAUUGAAUAAAGAAAUAAUCCCAAAGAUCACUCCAAAGCGGCCAUUUCUCGAAACUUGCACUGACGAAUCUCACGCAGUUCAAAUGGCCAGAAUAUCCAAAUUUGAAUGUGAAAGAGAUAGUUAUAACAAGAUGAAAACCGUAAACAAAAGCUAUAACCGCAAAGACAAGCAUUUUCAAAACGACUAUUUGAACAUCACCCAUAACAUUGAUCAAAAAAUGUAUAACAAAUUUCCUCACGAUAUGAGAUCGUGUUUUGAGAAGAAAAUUCACUUCAUUCCGUACUACAAAACUUCCAGAAAAACUGCGAACAACAACAACAACAAGGCUCCAUUUACUAACGCUUAUGCUGGUGUGAAUACCGAUAUGUCCAUUGGAGAUUGUUCAUACUUGGACACCUGUUUCAAAUGGGAUGAUUGCAAAUAUGUGCAUUAUUACACAUGUUACCCAACCUCGGAAUUGGAUAAGCAAUUGGUGGAGUGCCAGGAGUUUAAUAAAGGCAUUAUGAAAAAUAAUAAAAUUCGCACUUUCUAUUGGCAUGAGCCAUCAGGGUAUAAUAUUAGAAACGAACUACCGGCCCAGUGGGUUAAGUGUGAUAUUUAUAAUAUCAACAUGAGUAUUUUUGGAAAGUUUGGGGCAAUAAUUGUUGAUCCUGCCUGGAGCAUUCAUAUGGAGCUUCAAUUCCAACAGAUCGAGGACCAUAAAAUUAUUUCUACUCCAGUGCAGCCACUUCAAGAUGAAGGAAUCAUCAUUUUGUGGGUUACUGGCAGAUCUUAUGAAGUUGGCAAAAAGUGCUUGGAAACUUGGGGAUAUGAGUAUGUUCAGGAACUUGUCUGGACAAAGACUAAUCAGUUGAACAGGACAAUUUGUACAGGAAGAACAGGGCAUUGGUUAAACCAUUCUAAAGAACAUGCGAUAAUUGGAAUGAAAGGUCGUCCACAAUGGUUGAACAGGAAAAUUGAUGUUGACUUAAUCGUUGCCAGUGCUCGAGAAGCAUCAAGAAAGCCAGACGAGCUUUACGGAAUUGUUGAAAGGGUCGUAGGACCUCACUGCAGAAAAAUGGAGUUGUUUGGAAGACAACACAAUACUCGGUCUGGAUGGUUUACAAUUGGAGAUCAAAUUCAGGAUGUCAACAUAUAUGAAGAAGAAGUGAAAAGAAAAUACCAGAAAUGGCUUGGCAGACGAUGA